AUGGUGAUCACGCCCACGUUGUGUACUGCCUUUACCUUCACCCAAAUGAACACGUCUGUUACUGCGAGGGCUCUGUGGAGCUUCGUGCCGCUCAACACUCGGGGGGGUUGCCACGGUCGGAACUGGCUUGAUGGCAACUGGUUUUUCAUUUUAUGUAACGCCGUGGAAGGAGGCAGUGGUGUCUCCCCUCUGAUCACAGAACCAAGUUCUAAAAUCCAAGAAGUGACACUGAAGGUCCACAUCAGUGACGCCAGCACCCAUCAGCCGGUGACGGACGCUCUCAUUGAGAUUUUCACCAACCAGGUCUCCAUUGCCUCUGGCACCUCAGGGACAGAUGGUGUGGCCUUCAUCAAGUUCCCGUAUAAGCUGGGCACUCAGCUGAUCGUCACCGCCACGAAGCAUGCCUACGUGCCAAAUUCCGCCCCGUGGAAGCCCAUCCGGUUACCUGUGUUUUCUUCUCUGAGCCUUGGCCUGCUUCCAGAAAGAUCUGCUACUCUAAUGGUCUAUGAAGAUGUUGUCCAAAUAGUAUCAGGAUUCCAAGGUGCCCGGCCCCAGCCUCGCGUUCACUUCCAGAGGAGAGCCCUGCGGCUGCCGGAGAACACCAGCUACAGCGACCUGACUGCCUUCCUCACUGCGGCCAGCCUCCCCUCGGAAGUGGACAGUUUUCCUUACUUGCGAGGAUUAGAUGGAAAUGGAACAGGAAACAGCACGAGGUAUGACCUGACCCCAGUCACGGCCGUCAGUGUCCACCUGCUCAGCAGUGACGGGACGCCAGUGCUGGUGGAUGGGCCCAUCUAUGUCACCGUGCCGCUGCCCGCGCACAGCACUCUGAGACACAAUGCCUACGUCGCAGCGUGGCGGUUUGACCAGAAACUGGGAACGUGGCUGAAGAGUGGACUGGGGCUCGUGCAUCAAGAGGGCAGCCAGCAGACGUGGACCUACAUUGCCCCACAGUUGGGGUACUGGGUAGCAGCCAUGUCUCCCCCCAACCCAGGUCCCGCUGUAACACAGGACAUCACCACGUAUCACACGGUGUUUCUUUUGGCCAUUUUAGGGGGAAUGGCUUUCAUACUUUUGGUUUUGCUGUGUCUCCUUUUAUAUUAUUGCAGGAGGAAGUGUCUAAAACCUCGCCAGCACCAUCGAAAACUGCAACUCCCGCCAGCCCUAGAGAGCUCCAAGAGAGACCAGUCGACUUCUAUGUCACACAUAAACUUGCUCUUUUCUCGUCGAGAGUCUGAGUUCCCCGGUACGCUGUCUGUCACCAGCCACGGCCGCUCGGAGGCGCCAGGCUCCAAGGAGCUCAUGAGUGGGGUACAUUUGGAGAUGGCGUCGUCCAAUGGAGAAGUUGAUCUGCACACCCCCAUGCUAAAGCUUUCCUACAGCACCUCACAAGAAUUCAGUUCUCGGGAGGAACUUGUCUCUCAUAAGGAAGAGGAUAAAAGCCAAAUCUCCUUUGAUAACCUGACCCCCAGUGGGACACUGGGGAAAGACUACCGUAAGUCUGUGGAGAUUUUCCCCUUGAAGUCGAGAAAGCCCCUGGAGAGAGAUGGCUAUGAGACCCGUGGCAGUGACGACUGCAGGAGGAGUUACAGCGCCAUGCUCUCACAGCCUCUGUUCGAGAAGCAGGACAGAGAAGGCCAGGCGUCCACCCGCCAUAUCUCCACAGGGAGUAAACUCACCAUUCAGGAACCCAUGUACCCCACGCCUUCAUCUCCUGAAAAAGAGCAACUGCUGGACCGCAGACCUACUGAAUGUAUGAUGUCCCGGUCAGUAGAUCACCUUGAAAGACCGACGUCUUUCCCCCGCCCCGGCCAGUUGAUCUGCUGUAGUUCCGUGGACCAGGUCAACGACAGUGUUUACAGGAAAGUCCUGCCUGCCUUGGUCAUCCCCGCUCACUACAUGAAUUUGCCAGGGGACCAUUCCUAUGUCAGCCAGCCUCUGGUCGUCCCAGCUGACCAGCAGCUGGAUAUCGAAAGACUUCAGGCGGAACUUUCCAAUCCUCAUUCAGGGAUCUUCCCACACCCUUCAUCUCAGAUACAAACCCAGCCUUUAUCCGCCCAGGCCAUCUCCCAGCAGCACUUGCAAGAGGCAGGCGCCAGAGAGUGGAGCCCCCAGAACGCCUCCAUAUCAGAGUCCCUGUCCAUCCCAGCCUCCCUCAACGAGGCAGCGUUGGCUCAGAUGAACAGUGAGGUUCAGCUGCUGACAGAAAAGGCUCUGAUGGAACUCGGCGGGGGGAAGCCACUUCCUCAUCCCCGGGCAUGGUUCGUCUCUCUGGAUGGAAGGUCCAAUGCUCACGUUAGACAUUCGUACAUUGAUCUCCAAAGAGCUGGAAGGAACGGGAGUAACGAUGCCAGUUUGGAUUCUGGCGUAGAUAUGAAUGAACCCAAAUCCGCCCGCAAGGGGAGAGACCCUUUGUCUCUCCAGCAGAGCCACCCCCCUGUCCAGGAGCAGCCGCAGAAGGAAGCGCGUGCCCCCGACAGCACCGCCUACACGCAGCUCGUGUACCUGGACGACCUGGACCAAAGCGGCAGCGAGGCGGGGACAACGGUCUGCACCCCCGACGACAGUGCCCUGCGAUGCUUGCUGGAGGCCUCCAGUCGGAGAAGCGGCCAGUUGCCCAGCCUGCAGGAGGAGACCACCAAACGAACUGCGGAAGUCCCGCUGGAGCCAUUGGGCAGCCCCGACGACAGAAGGUCUGCUCCCGAAGACGAGGAGGAGGACGAUGAGGAUGACGACCAAGGUGAAGGCAAGAAGAGCCCCUGGCAGAAACGCGAAGAAAGACCCCUGAUGGCAUUUAACAUCAAAUGA